CGGAGCACUCGGGGAAGCCUCCGGGUUCGCGGCGCCUGAAGGCCACUUGGCUGCCCCGGCUCGCCGUUUCCACAGGCAGAUGUCGGGCACCAAGCCCCAGCUCUCCGACGCGCCGAUGCGAACGCCCCGCCCCGCCGCAGGGGUUGCGAGCUCAUCCCGAAGGGGGCUGGGCGAUCGGCAGCGCCGGGCGGAGCACAGUCCUCAGCGGCGCUGCCGGGCGUCGCGGCGGCCGCUCCCUCCGCCCCGGAGCGGCGGCAGGCGGGCGGUGCUCGGCGGCCUGUGACGCGCGGGCAUGAUGGCGGCGCGGCUGCUGCUGCCGCGGCGAGCGGCGGUGGGCUGGCGGCGGGGAUACAGCAGCGCGGCUGCCGAGUUCCUGCACCGCAGUGUCGUGCCCACCAUGCACUACCAGAAGAGCCUGCCCAGGUUGCCAGUUCCCAAACUAGAAGAUACAAUUAGGAGAUACCUGAGUGCUCAGAAACCGCUUUUAAGUGAUGACCAGUUCAGGAAAACUGAAGAACUUGCUCAUCACUUCGAAAAGGGGAUUGGAAGGGAGCUGCACGAGCAACUGGUUGCUCAGGACAAUCAGAACAAGCAUACUAGUUAUAUCACAGGUCCCUGGUUUGACAUGUACCUAAAAGCACGGGAACCCGUUGUUUUGAAUUUUAAUGCGUUUAUGUCUUUUAAUCCUGAUCCAAAAGCUGAAUACAAUGAUCAGCUCAUACGAGCGACCAACAUGACUGUUUCUGCUAUACGCUUCAUGAAGACCUUCAGAGCUGGUUAUCUUGAACCAGAGGUCUUUCACCUCAACCCAGAAAAAAGUGACACUCAGCUCUUUAAAAACAUUAUCCGAUUUGUGCCUUCUUCAGUUUCUUGGUUUGGUGCCUACAUGGUCAAUGCUUACCCCCUGGAUAUGUCUCAGUACUUCAGACUUUUCAAUUCUACUCGUCUGCCCAAGCUCAACAGAGAUGAGCUUUACACAGAUGAAAAAGCAAAGCAUUUACUAGUACUGAGAAAUGGGAAUUUUUAUGUAUUUGAUGUCAUUGAUAGAGAUGGAAAUAUGCUGAAGCCUUCAGAAAUACAAGCACACUUGAAAUACAUUCUCAGUGACAACAGUCCAGCUCCAGCCUUCCCUCUUGGCUACCUUUCCAGUGAAAACCGAGAUACGUGGGCAUUGCUGAGAAAGCAGCUACUGGAGAAUGGCAAUGAGGAAGCUCUUCAAAAAGUAGACUCUGCUGUGUUUUGUUUAAGCUUAGAUGAUUUUCCUGUUAAGGACUUUGUGCACUUGUCCCACACUAUGUUGCAUGGAGAUGGUGCUAACCGCUGGUACGAUAAAUCCUUUAACCUCAUCAUAACAAAGGAUGGCACUGCAGGAGUUAAUUUUGAACAUUCCUGGGGAGAUGGUGUGGCUGUGCUCAGGUUCCAGAAUGAGGUUUUUAAAGACAGCACCAAGACACCAGCCAUCAGCCCCCAGUCCCAGCCUGCUUCAGUAGACUCCUCUAGAGCAGUACAGAAACUUGACUUUAAGCUGAAUGAUACCUUAAAAGCAGGAAUUACGAAAGCCAAACAGAGGUUUGAUGCCACUGCAGAGUCCCUGUCUCUCAAUCUGAUUCAGUUCCAUGAAGGAGGCAAGGACCUUCUGAAGCAGAAGAAGCUGAGCCCAGAUGCUGUAGCCCAGCUUGCCUUCCAGAUGGCUUUCCUUCGACAGUACAAUCAGACUGUUGCUACCUACGAGUCCUGCAGCACUGCAGCUUUCAAACACGGUCGUACGGAAACCAUACGCCCUGCCUCUGUGCAUACAAAGAAGUGCUCAGAAGCCUUUGUUAGGGGACUGUCCAAACACAGCACGGAAGAGCUUCAGAAGUUGAUAGAGGAGUGCUCCAAAUACCACGGGCGUUUGACAAAAGAAGCUGCUAUGGGUCAGGGAUUUGACCGGCAUCUCUUUGGCUUGCGCCACAUGGCCUCAUCCAAAGGUAUUGCACUGCCUGAGUUCUAUCAAGACCAAGCCUACGCUCAGCUUAACCACAACAUCAUCUCCACAAGCACACUGGUUAGCCCAGCUGUGCAGCUGGGAGGCUUUGGCCCAGUAGUGGCUGAUGGCUUUGGAGUAGGGUAUCAGGUACAUGACAAUUGGAUAGGUUGUAAUGUUUCCUCUUACCCAACUAGGAAUGGUAAAGAAUUUCUUCAGUGUAUAUACAAGUCCCUAGAAGACAUCUUUAAUGUUUUAAAGGGCAAGAAGAUUGGUAGUUAAGAUAUAAAACCACUGGGAGACUUUUUAAUUGCAGUAAAAAAAGCAGCCUGUCUCUAUCUGGCACGCUAAUCAGUGUUCAGUGUGACUGGGACUGCCCAGCUUAAUUGGCUUCAUUUAUCUUCACUGAACUUCAGUACUGGUAGAUCCACUUGGAAAUUUGUAUCUGUUUUAAAGUACAGACCUUGGAUGCCUUUUUGAGGAAAUACAUCAGGUAAUACAUCAAGAAAUACAAGCAUUUGCAAUGUCAAAAUUAAGUAACAGAUAUUUCUGUUCUAACCACCUCCACGUGUUCUUAAAAGCCAUUAUUUAAAGCAUUGUUGCUGAGUUUAUGAACUCAGAACGUGUUCUGAGAGUGUUCAGGCUGACUGCAGUCCUGUGAUAUCACUCUUCAGCUGAUUUUACCCCCCCCCCCCAAGUAAUUUUUAAUAGGAAUGGUUACAUUUGCACUCUUGCCACACUUAGUUUUCUCUUGAAACUUGAAUCGAUCUCAGAACAGACUGUGCCUUGCCACUCUUAACAGCUUUUUGAGAAAAACAAAACAAAACUCCUGAGAGGCUUGAAGUAACCUGCAAUUACUGUGUUGUAAAUUGACUGGAAAAGACUGUACUGUAAUAAAGCUGUCUGUUGAGAACCA